CUGGUACGCUGUCUGUGGUCAGCAUACCGUUGAGGCCAUGAAGAGAUUGGUCAGAAAGGGCUCCCCGGCAGUUAAAGUUUAUGGCCUCAACGCGUACUCUAAGGUGCGGGUCGUCUAUUUCGGACAUGAUCAAACACGAGGGUAUUUCAAUGUCUCCUGCUUCGACAACACACGCGAAAAUCGCUCCAUGAUGUUGUCAUUCGAGGACGCUGUCCGUGACAUCAGGCAAUGGUGGAUAGACAACAAUAGAAUCGAGGCCCCGAAAGCCAAGGUCAGCGAGAAGGAUGAGGUGGCCGUUGCACAUCAGAAGACGUGGCAGAACUUCUUGAGGGCCUGCAUGGGGAAGGCAUGCGACAAGGCGUUUGUAAAGCAAGCUCUCGAGAAUGAGUACAGUAAGGAUUGGAGUAAUAAACUCCGGGGAUACAUGAACCUCGCCACAUCCAGUGUCGCAGUGUGGCCGCUGGUCGAGAGGUUCUUCGAGAUGUUCAACGAAGGAAAACUGCCAGUUGGCGAUGGCAAAAUCCCGCUUGACAUGCCCGGGAGAAUGGAAGGCCGCCUGCCAGGCCCGUACACCGACGAGACCAAGGGACAAAGAACAUUGUACCAUUGCAUAUAUGCAAUAGAUGGUCCCAAAGGCUCCACCGUCUUGCCUCCAAGAGUGAACACAGAGCGCCUCCUCGACAUCAUGCGAAAGGAGCGGUACAUGGUGCGUAUGUUCAAUUAUGUUCUGUUCCGCGCCGAGGGAAGGGCGGACGACGAAUGGAACGACGCGUUCUUCAUGUCGUACAAAGACCUUGAAGACAGGUAUGGGCCAAACGGUCUGUGCGCUGCUGAAUGGGAGAAGGAACGGGACAAGUUACAUGUCAAUAAGGUGAAGAUGGUCCCUCGACGACUUGGAGGAGUGGAGGAGGCAAGGCAAGGCGCGGGCUUGGGGCCUACGGCGGCAAUGUAUAAGGAGGCUCCGUUUCACCUUAAGGUCUUCAUAUACACUGCAAUCGAUAAGCUCAAUUUGCUUCGCGCCAAGGUGAAACGGAUCGCCUCCAGCACGCGUCAUAUUGUGGGGGACAAGAUUGGCAAACAAACGACGUUGCUACCUGUGUGCAUGCCAUCGAAGGAAGUGUUGGCAACGCCAGACGACAUCGUUGCUGCAGCGCAAAAAAUGACAUGCAGGGCCGCCAUCGUGGACAUCUCAUCCUCGAACUUCAGCAUGGCAUGGAACUCUCACGAAUUUGAUGCCUUGCACACAUUGAUGACCAAGUGUUGUGGCCAGAAUUGGGUCCUUUUCUUCUUUGCGCCGCAGAAGGUGCAAAGCGAUGUUCUGCGUAAUAAUGUCCUUGCCUGCGACGAGUCGGCCAAGGACAUUGCAUAUCUGACAAAGUUCGUCGAUAUACUUGUGAAGGAUGAGAGAUUCGCUUGUCAUGUCGAGAAGCCAAGUUGCAAACAUCGUAGAAACAGGGACAUGUUCCACAAGUUGGGACGCAAGAGACUGAAGGUGUGGGAAUACCUAUUCCGCGAUGCGCCGCAAGGACGGCUUGACGGGAAUUACAUCUACAGGAAAGCAAAGGUGACAGAGACCCUGAAACAUUAUCACGGUGCUCUUACUGGCGCCUUUGAGACUUUUGUCGCUCGAUGCGAGAUCCUGAAGUUCGAUCUUCAUAAAGACCAGCUGAUGUCCAAGGACUACGCUGACCUCGCGAAAUCGGGUGAUGGCUUUAACCCCGUCGACAGCGAGGAAGACUCUUCGGGGUCCGACCUCGAAUUGGGCGAUGGCAAGGGUGGUGAAGGCCCGGGCGGUGGCAUGGUGCGGUCACACGAUGAAGGGACCGUUCGCUCGCAUGAAAGACCCGUACAGGUGGCCGCCCCCAGUGUUGGCUCGAUGGUGGCCCCCAUGGAGGGCACCGGUUUGCCAAACAUGGGAAUAUGUGGUCCCAAUGAUGAAGAUGACAUUGAUAUGCCAGGCGAGCCGUCGAAGCUCGCACCAGGCGAUCCAAUUCCUCCCGGCUAUUGUGCAGAUCCGACCACAAUUUAUUUCUUAGGGGGGGCAAACACGCCCGCACUGGAGAAUCCAGGGAAGAGCGAGGGCGCUGUCAAAGACAAGGCCAAAGAAUUGUUUUCUGUAUUGCGAGACAAUCAGCAAUUGGAGUACAGUUGGAAAUUUUACGCCCUGCGAACGAGUCCCUCAUGUGGGUCAAUCGACUGGAAGGUCAAUCAAACUAUCGGAACCAUGGAGGAGAGCAGCUCUCAGGAUGCCGUGCCUUUGUCGGCAUCGCCCCCCGUACCCACGCAGGCAGGGCAGAGGGAGGAUGACGGGAGUAAUCUGGUGAAGACUCAAGAGGUUCACAUGACGUCUAUGCCGCAAAUCUCCGUCGACACGAUAGAACCGUCCAAACGCAUGGAUGUGUCAAAUGCAUUGUCGUCAGAUGCAGGUGCCACGUACGGGAGUUUAUUACUGACAUCCGCCGCAUUAGAAGGCACAUCCGAAAUGCAGUCAGAGUCAGGUGUUGGCCUGAGCGUGCCAGACAAUCAGUUGCAACCGGAGUUAUGCACAGACAAAGGUGAUGCACAAGUACAUCUGACACCACAGGGAGGGGCCGUUGCGGAUGGUGGGAAGGGAGAGGAUGUGGAGGGAAUCCUCCAUCCUCGCAAUCUUGAGACCUUAACCGAUGAUUUCGAUUAUGGGGGUGAGGGUGGAAAUGGCGUGGUCAAUACGAGGAGAGUGUGAAAUGAUCAGUGAGGCGGGACAGGGGCAAUGGAGAGGGAGAAACCAAUGAUAUGAUUACAAUGUUAUUCU